AAUGAAAUUAUGGUGAGGGAUUUAUGGAUUAGGUCUGAUUCCCAGAUAUCUUCAGCUCAUGCUUGGAGCCCCUUCACAGAAGAAACAUAUCUUCUAGAGCAACCCUCUAUAUCUUUUCCAAUCAAAGUGGUUUGACAGAUGAAGGAAGGAUUGUGAGUCUCGUUGAAAAUGAUGUCCUAAAGUCCGAGAAACUCAGUUUGGGAGAUCAAUUAUUUUACGACAAUGAGGACAUGGUGAUUGCAAAUGAUAAGGAUUCACAUUCUACUAAUAUCCUCUCUGAGAAUUACCAGCCUGUUGAGGAACCCUGGCUAGUCCAUUCAUCCCCUUCCAUUGUCUCCAAGGAUACAAUGAAAUCCAGUGAAUCUGAAACUGAUGACACUGCAGAAGAGCAGGUGAAGCUGGUAGAUACAGAAAAGUUGUUACCUGAAGAAAGUAGUAAUAUAAUUUCAAAAGACCCUGUUUCAACUACUUUACUUAUUAACUCAUCAAUUUGUACUAUGCAAAGAAUUGCAGUGCUAGAGGAUGAAAAGUUGGUUGAAUUAUUAUUUGAACCAGUCAAGAGUAAUGUGCAAUCUGAUAGUGUAUAUGUUGGGGUAGUCACAAAGCUUGUUCCCCAUAUGGGUGGGGCUUUUGUUAAUAUUGGAAAUUCUAGACCUGCUCUUAUGGAUAUUAAGCAAAACAAGGAGCCAUUUAUAUUCCCUCCAUUUCGUCAAAGGACAAAGAAACAAGAAAUUUAUCUCAAGGGAAAAAAUGAUCACAUGUCUCAUGCUACUGACAUAUCUGAUGGUUUAUCAGACAUAAAUUCUGAGGAUGGUUGUUUAAAAUCUGUACACAAUGACUAUGAUGAGCAUGAAGGAGAGGAUGAUUUUUAUAUUUCAGAAGUUCUUAAGGAAAAUGUGAAUGGUAGCAUGGUCGAUGAUGAAGUAGAAGCUGACUUUGAGGAUGAUAUAGAGGGAAGUGAAGUCCAUAUAGAAGGAGAAAUUAAUAACAGUUCUCUUCCUUUUGGCAUGAAUGGGUCUGUCAACUCAGAUAUUUUGCAAACAAAAGACACAAGGAGAGCAUCCUACGUAGCUUCCGGCGAAAGCAAAUGGAUCCAAGUUCGCAAAGGAACCAAAAUAAUUGUCCAAGUUGUUAAAGAGGGCCUUGGUACUAAGGGUCCCACGCUGACUGCUUAUCCCAAACUAAGAAGUAGAUUCUGGGUUUUGAUUGCACGAUGUGGUAAAAUUGGAGUCUCCAAAAAGAUUUCUGGUGUUGAGCGCACAAGGUUGAAAGUUAUAGCAAAGACAUUGCAGCCCGAGGGUUUUGGCCUCACUGUAAGAACUGUUGCUGCUGGUCAUUCUUUUGAGGAACUGCAGAAAGACUUAGAAGGUUUGCUUUCGACUUGGAAAAAUAUAAUGGAACAUGCAAAAUCUGCAGCUCUUGCUGCUGAUGAAGGGGUGGAAGGAGCUAUUCCUGUUAUUUUGCACAGGGCAAUGGGUCAAACUCUCUCAGUGGUGCAGGAUUAUUUCAAUGAAAAUGUUAAGAAACUGGUGGUUGACUCCCCAAGGACAUUUCAUGAGGUGACCAAUUACCUUCAGGAAAUUGCCCCUGAUCUUUGUGAUCGAGUUGAACUAUAUGAUAAAAAAGUUCCCCUUUUUGAUGAAUUCAACAUUGAAGGAGAGAUUGACAACAUCCUCAGCAAAAGGGUUCCGCUUGCUAAUGGAGGUUCUCUAAUCAUCGAACAAACUGAGGCAUUAGUUUCUAUUGAUGUAAAUGGAGGACAUGGGAUGUUUGGUCAUGGAACUUCACAGCAGAAAGCUAUUCUAGAGGUCAAUCUUGCAGCUGCAAAACAAAUUGCAAGGGAGUUGCGACUACGGGAUAUUGGUGGCAUCAUCGUGGUAGAUUUCAUUGAUAUGACAGAUGAAGUAAACAAAAGACUGGUCUAUGAAGAAGUCAAGAAAGCCAUUGAGAGAGACAGAUCAAUGGUGAAGGUCUCUGAAUUGUCAAGACAUGGACUCAUGGAAAUAACUCGAAAGAGGGUUCGACCAAGUGUGACAUUCAUGGUUAGUGAACCAUGUGCUUGUUGCCAUGCCACAGGCAGGGUUGAAGCUUUAGAGACGUCCUUCUCAAAAAUUGAACAGCAAAUCUGUCGGUUUCUUGCAACAGUGGACCGUAAGGCAGACCCUGAAAACCCCAAGUCCUGGCCAAAAUUUAUUCUGAGGGUUGACCAUCAUAUGUGUGAGUACUUGACUUCAGGGAAAAAGACAAGACUUGCAAUAUUGAGCAGCUCUCUCAAAGUCUGGAUUCUCUUAAAGGUUGCUAGAGGGUUCACUAGAGGAUCAUUCGAAGUCAAACCAUUUGCAGAUGACAAAGUGGAAAAAAACCAGCAUCAAGUUGCCAUUUCGAUGUUAAGAUCCUCAGAGUCCAGUAUCAAAAAGCGUGGCCAAAAUCUGACUCUUGUUCAAGUAAAAAAAUCAAAGGCUAGGGGAAAAUAAAUAGUUCUUUCUUAAAAUAGGGUUUUGUUCCUUUUUGUACACAUGAAUUUUGUUUAUGCUAUACAUGGCAUGGGGAGAACAACUACGAGGGUGGAAGAGCAAAAAUAAUCUGGUUGCACUUUUGAGUUUCUGAGUUAGAAAUAGGCUGUUAUGGUGCAGCUUUUAGGCGGAUAAGUACCAUCCAAAACUCAUCACAGUGAACAGUUUUGUUGUAAAGAACGACUCUUUUUACCAAGUGAUUACGAAUAGCAGGUUUCACGACUUCAUUUGAGCCCCUAUCAAAAGGUGCAUACCGAACAACGACCCUCAAAAGGAUGAAAAAGAGAAACUGGUGUACUCAAGCAGUCAUUAGGUAUUGAUCAGAGUAAGGAUUCCCUACCCUAGUAAUUAAUGGAAAGAUUGAAUUCCUGUUUGAGCUGGGAAAAAAAAAAUAGUUUAAGUGUUAUCUUAAAGAACAGCAUGAGCAAACCGUACAAAAGCUUUGUGCUUUUGUAUAACUCUUGUGAAUUUGUUACAAUAGAGCUGCUCUAUGAAUGUUAU